ACUGUUUCUACUGCAUGGCGGCGGUAUCCUUGUUUGAUGGUAAACAAUGUCAUGGGACAGGCAUUAUGUAACGUUAUUCAGAAAAAUAUAACGUUGUACGCAAAAUACACCGCUUACAAAUGUAACAAAAGUGGGCAAGGAAUUAUUACACCUUUUCAUAAGGAUGUUUUAAGUGGCGCGUGACAGUAUAGUUUUUGUUCCUCGUGCAAAUCUACCUACUUAAUUAGUCGAACGUUACAUAUCUACCUAGCAACAAACAUUUAGCUAGCUAACGUAGCUUUACCAAUGUGAACUUUUACACUGGUAUUAGUAUAGUGUUUAUUGUUUCACUGUUCGUUUUUUGAUAGAUACAGCUGUUCAAAAUGAAUUGGGUCGGGGGCUCAAGGAACAGGGUUGUUGUGAAGAAUGAUGCAAAAAAGCAGAGGGAGUUUUUUGAAAAGAGGAAAAUGCAACAGAAGUUGAAAAACUUGGGAAUGGCUCUACCUGCAUCUCCAAAAGGCACUAGUGCUGGGAGCAUGGACCUGGUGACAUUAUUUAUCGUCAACCAGAUUGCUUCAAAGAAAGAAAUUACAGAUCCUCCAAAAGUGGCGGUUCUUGGCAGCUAUAAAGGAGGAUCCAAGCACAAGAGAAAUGAGCUGCUGGUUCUCCCAAUGAGCCCGGGCUCUCCUUCACAGCUGAGUCUUGUCGAGGGCCAACCUGAGUACAGUGUUCAAGGAACGAGGAAAAGAAAGUAUGUUAUUCCACAAGGCUUCAAGUGUCGGCAGUUGUCACCAGUGCUGGAGUCAGCUUACUCAGACAACAGUGCAUCUGACUAUCUUCCACCCAUCACCAACCCCCUCAGCCCCUUCUCCACCUCCUCAGCUUCUUCAGGCCAAGGUUUAUUCCCCCUGCAGAUGAACCUCCAGCAGAGAAGACAGACGCAGCUUCCCCACUGCUCCCCCCCACCCUGGGACACCUCAGGGCUGAAGCAGACUAAGUUUCAGCCUUUCUGCCUGCCAAGAGUAAUGGCAGACAGUAUCUCGUGGUCCUGUGGAUCAAAGCCCCCUCUCUACCAGCUGAAGACCCCCACAGCCGCAGAAGUCUUGUUUAGAAGUCCAAAGCCAGAUAACACAGAGGCGAUGGACCAAGCAAGACGUGAUGUCUCCUUCUCCCUCAACCAACCAGAGGGCGAGGAAACUGAGCAGCAGUUUGAGGGAGAGGUCUUCAGAGGCUUCAGUACUGAAGAAUGUGAAGAAGAAGCUGCUCAUUACGGGAGAGGUCCAUCAAAGAUUUAUCUGAAAGACGAAACACCAGCCGAAUCCUCACAAACUGUCCCUGACUCUCAGUGUAUGGAAGUGGAGGACAGCGACUUCAUACGUUUCUCCAACUGCACUGACAUGAACUUUUGUAAGUUUCUUAAGCACCUCCAAUUAAGCCUCCCAUUUAUUGUGUAUAUGCUAGAGAAAAGACAAUACAUUGAAAAGGUUUUUUUCUUUCUCACUCCUGCAGCAUGUCUUGAACACAACAAUGUCCUCAUGAAUGGCUGUGAAUACUCGCCAAGUUACUCUUGUAGGAGAGGUUACCUCAGUUCAGACUCAGAUGAUGAGGAAGAAUGCUGUCAGCCAUAUCUCCAGGCUUCCUCUUCGUAUAUGGACCCGGCCUGUUGUGCAGAAAGCUUAAACCCAAACCCGGUCUCACAGGGGAAUCCAGAACAAAGGCACAUAAAGCCCCGCCCCCUCACCCCGCUCCUGAAACCCCAAAGCUUCAGAGAUAAACAGACACUUAUGGAUAACACAUUUCCCCCAGUUCUUUCCCCUCAAGCCCAGUGCUCCGAGAUGUGCACAUGCCAGAAAAAAGCCAAUGAAACUCGAGACGCUGGAACUCAAACUGCUGCUGUGACAUGUGACGCUGAGACUCAGUGCAGCGCUGUUGAAGACGGUGCAACCGCUGAGUUUAACUGGUGUGUGCCACCUGUUGAUGUGUCAGUGCAGCAUCCCCCCACAGGGAGGCAGACUGACGCUGCCGCAGAGAGGACACACACUGCUUCAACAGGCAAGGCUACAAGUGGAGAGAAGCUCACGCCCUGGGUGAAGAAGAAACCCAAGGCUGGUUCCCUCUCAGGCAGCAGCAUUAUAAACAAUAUUGAUGGGAAAGUGAUCCUACAGAAACAUUUUCUAGAUGCUCUCAGCGUGACAGAUGGCAGAGGUAAGGGCGGGGAUGAGGGAGAGCGACAGGAAAAUGGCCGCCUGGUGAAGGACCUCUCUAAUGAAUCGAGGGAGGAGGUCACAUCUGCCAGCAGGGCUAACAGACUCUCAGAAGAAGCAGAGACACUUCAGGAAAUAGCGGACAUACUGCUCCUGCUCAGACAGAGGAAAAAAGUGAUGUAGAUGCAUGAAAGCAGAAAGAAAACAUGCCUGUUCUGUGCAUUUAUUCAAGAGCGUUAACCGUUUAUUUAAGCGUAUUCAAAGUGUUUGUUCUAAGACACAUUGUGAAAUAAAGCCCCAAGGCGUUACUCUGAUUCAUCCGUUUAUUUCCGUCCCCUUAUACAUAUUCCAGUGUUUCAUGAAGAUACUCAUCUUUUAUAGAAUAUAAACUCUAGCAAAACAUGUACAGCUUGAACAAUAAUCAAAUAUACUAUACAGCACUUGUUUUUUUUUUAAUUGGUAUUUUUGUAGUUCCUCGUAAACUGUAGAAACACACAUUGUUGGUUCACAUAGCAAAAAAUUGCAAAGAUUUCACCAGAAGUACACAUAAAUCUCCCCUAGAGGAGAGGGGUAACAGCAGAAACAACCACGCUAAAUAUUUGUUUAACACAAGGUAAAUUGUUUAAUUACACAAUAUGUGUGUUGUGGAGCUUCGUGUGUGUGUGUGUUAAUACUUUCAGUACAAAACUAGCUUGUGUGGUUUUAAGACGACUCAUCCUGCACACAGAAAAUCUAAAUAAAACACUAAUACUUUCACAUUAUUAAACGUUAGCCAUUUUAAUUCCUCUAUACUGAUUCAUCGUUUUCCAUCUGUUAAUGUGACAAUACUAAAAAUAAUUAACAUUCAACUUUGAUGAUAUUUGAAAAGUCUAUUAAAAAGAGGUUUUAUAUUUUAUUAAUCUAUGAUGGGUUUGGACCGCCGUGUCAAAAAUAAUAGACUGUCCUUCACAGCGUACUUAUUAACUUAUUUCGUUUCACAAAGUCACUCUGUAGUCUACGUUUAAACUGCUGUUGCUACACAGAAACCUACGUGUAUUUGACUAACAAGGUGUAACCUCACACCAUUUUACACUUUUCUACUAAGCAACAUUUGCAAGUUACGCUAAAGCUUUGACUUCUGGCACGAGAAUAACGUACAUUAUGCGCUCUGCUAUUUGUACAUUAGGCUAUGGAGGAAGACAAAAAAAAACAUAAACAUGAAAUGAUUACAAAACAAAACAUUUCAUCACAGGUGAAAUGCUAAUAUGUACACGCCAAAUAAAUAAAUAAUUACAACAAC